GGCGCCUUCAGCAGAGUGCUCGCCUCGCGUACUGUCCCCUCGUCUCCGCGUUGCGAUGAAGGUAUAGAGACCCUUUGUCCGUAGCGCGGUAGCCUAUGCCCUUAGCUGUAGGUAACGGCGGCUGGAGUCCCGCAACUCAAAAAUCUAGACGAAAAAACGUAUAAUGCUAAAACUACCAAAAGGCCUUAAGAAGAAGAAAAAGGGAAAAAAGUCAAAGCGCAAAGGAGAAGAGGAGCUUUUUACCGAAGAAGAACUUGAAAAGUACAGAAGAGAACAUCAAAACUCCGAAACUGGUGAGGGAUCAACCAAAGAAAAUGAAGAAUGGUCCAAAUUCAAAGAUUUAACUACAGGGGUCGACUCAGUACUUAAGAAAACUCAAGGAGAUUUAGAUCGUAUAAAAUCCACAUCUUUCUUUCAAAGAGUUCCAGCGAAGGCCAAAGAGCAGCCUGCACCGAAAGCAGCACCAAGCAGACCUGUAGUUGAGGUGACGGAAGCUGAUUUUCCUAAAUUAGUUCAAGCAGUCGCAGAAGAAGAAGCAGAUAAAAGUGAAUACGGAGUUACUGACGACGAAUCUGAAGAAGAGGAUCAAGACGACAUUUUUGAUACUUCAUACGUAGAUGCAGUUGAACGAGGUGAAGUAAAACUUGCUUAUGUUCCUGAUUCACCAGAAGACUUUCAAGAUGAUGAUAUAUUUGAUACGUCACACGUAGACGCUUUAAUCAAAGGCCACGAAGUAAAAGCUUCUAAAGGAAAGAAAACGUUAGACAUUGGCGUUGCUGUUGAAGUUCUAACCGGGCGUAUCGAUAACCUGACUAUUACCACAAAACGACCAAAGAGAGUAAUACCUGGCGACUUACUCUUAGAAAAUACUGCAGAUGAAACCCCUGCUAUCAGCAAAGUAACCGCAAGUGACCCAGUUGAGAAAAGUAUCUUAGAUCUUGAUGCAGACAUACCAGUAACGACUCCCAUUGAUCUGAGUGUCUCUCUACAUACAUCAUUCAUACAGCAAAAGAAACAAGAAAGCCCGCUUAACAGUGAAAAACUAAAUGCUGAAGAUACUCACACGGACGAAAUUGACGAAUUUACUUUACUAGCGGCAGAGUCGUUAGAAGCGAGUACUGAAGUAACAAAACUACAAGAAAAACAAAUUAAAUUAGAGCCAGUCGUCCAAGAAUCAUGGUCUGCAUUCGAAGCCGACAAAAAUAAAUCUGUUUUUGCUGAGAGUAUUGUCGAAGAUCAGCUCGACGUCGCAGAUCCGUACGGUGACCAAAACGAUCCGUUUGAUACAAGCUUUGCCGAUGCAGUCAUACCAUCGACUUCUCUUCGAGACAUCGAAAAAGAGCCGAUCUUAGAAGACGACGACGACUUCGAUCCGCGAGCUGAAGAAAUCAGAGUUAAAUUAAAUAAUAGGAGAAAAUCCUCAGUUCGUAUACACUUGACUGAUCCUUCCGGUGUCCGCGAAUCGAUUACCUCUGAUGAUAUUGGAGAGAAAGAUGAAAGGUUUUCUCGGGAUUUAUUAGGAGGAAGUACAACAGACUUAACUCAGUUAGGUGAUUCGCCUUUAGACCCAGUUGACGUAAAUGAAGCUGAAAUAGACCCAUUCGAUACGACGAUAGUUGAUAAAAUUUCAACACCGGGGAAAAUUGAAUUAAAGAUCCUCGAACAGGAACUUAUCGGCACAAACUCUGCAACGUUGUAUCGUGUCCCAAGUGAUCCAGACUUUGAUCCACGUGCUGACGAACCCAAAAUAGGAGAAAGACGUGCAUCUCGACCUGAGAAUUUGACAGUUAGUAAAAGUGUCAUUUUUAAUGUUGAUGAUCAGGAACCGUUAAGCUUAGACUCAAAACCAAAGCUAAUUAAGCCUUUAACUCCCUAUUAUACUCGUGAAGUCUCUAUUACCGAAGACCUAGAAGCAGAGGCAGCAGACACAUUCUCUGAAACACUCACUAGAACUCGCUCGGAUGAAGACUUAGCACCAAAAAUUAACUACGAGGCAAAGCGACGAUAUUCGGAGUUUUCUCAAACAUACCAGUCUAAGAUAAACGUAAAAACAAAGGAAGAACUUAAGACUCGUUCAAGCAGAAUCGAAACUAAAGUUUUAACGCCUUCGGGUCCUGGAGAUUCUAGCAAUCUCGAGACAGUAGAGGUAGAUCCGUUUGAUACUUCAUUUGCAGUAAUAGCUCCCAGUAAAACUGAGUUGAAGUUGUUGGCCAAAGAGUUUUCAUGUGAAGAAGAAGAAAAAAAGGGCGAGUUAGAUUUACUGGAACCUUCAGACGAUAUAUUUCAGGUCAAAGCUCUCACUCCCGAGCCAUCAGAAACAAGACAAAGUCAAGAGGAUUUUGAUCCGUUCGAUACAUCUUUUGCGGGAGAUUUAAACCCAGGAAAAACAGAGCUAAAAUUACUUGAUAUGGGCGAGCCCGUCGCACCUGUCACUACUGAAGUACUGAAUCCGUUCAUGAUGUCAGGAGAUUCAAAUGAGAGUACAACAUUCUCAGGAGACAAUCCAUUUGCUACUAGCAACCCAUUUUCAGACUUCGGGGAUGGCUACGAGCCUCCAGUGGGUGACACAGUCCCUGUUGAUAUUUUUGGUGCAGAUCCCUCAGGCGUUGAGGCCAAACAUUUUGAUGACUUCACGGAUGAUAUAUUUCCAAAUCAACAUUCCGCCCACGAUAAGCUCGUUAAGCCAACAGAUCUUGAUCUGGGCUCCACGACCACUGACAUUAUGCAAGCACCGGAUGACGAUGUAACGAUCCCUUCCCAUCCUUUACCACCUGAAACACAAAAUCUAAUUCUGACAGUCACUGGACAAAUGGAAUUUACAAGUUCUCAUCUACUAGACAGAAUUCCACCAACUCGAACACCAAGCCCCGUUUCAGUUCGUGAUAUACACUCACCAAGUCCUACACCUGAGCCAGAACUUCAGGAAGAAUCUCGGAAUACGGAUAUAUUCGAUGUAAGCCGUAGCAAACCAUCACGGCCACCACCAGCUCGACCACCACCAGUUGCGCGUCCACCACCUCCGCGUCCAGCACCUCCCGCACAACCACCUAUUACGCGUCCCCCACCACCACAGACGACAGAUGAUAUUAAUCUAUUCGAUGCGCCAAUACCAGCGCCAAUUGUGAAACCAACAAAAGAGGAUAUACUUAGUUUAUAUUCGGCACCGAAGAAAGAAGAAAAACAAAUAGACUUCCUGAGCGAUGAUAUACUCGAAGAAGUUCCGGUAGAUAUGCCGCAACCAACUGCAGCAGAAUUUACAGCACCAACAAACGAAACGGGACCAUUCGCGACUGAGGAAGUAAAAGAAAGCAUUACUUUGGCUGAGCCUGUUGAAUCUAACAUAUUCUCAACAACACUCGAAACUUCCGUACCAAUGGACUGUUCUGAACCAGCACCAAACUCUACCUCCGCCACUGCGAAUACUUCACCAUUCACAGACAUGAUAAAUGAGGACUUCCAAGAGGCGCCAACAAAAGAAAUCGAGAUGAAUCCAUUCGAAAGCUUUGGGGCCUCCGAUGUUAUGUUUUCGAAUACAGCCCAAAAUGUGUUCGAUGCUAAAGUGGAAGAAUCAUCAGUUACACCGGUAGCUUGCGAUAACAUAUUUGGCGAGGCUAUCCAAGAUGACACAUUUGGUGGAACAAUUCCAACGGACAUGGACGUCGCAACAUCGGACGUAUUCGGAACAACUGAAGUCACUACCGCAAAUGACAAAGCCGAUUUAUUUGGUGGUAAUGCAAUGGACGCUUUCGAUUCACAAAUGCAACAGACACCUGAUUCGCCCUGGGGAAAUACAUCAGAUACUGUAAUGCAGGAAUCCGUUCCAGUUACUUCAGAUGCUUUUGACGCUUUUUCAGCCAAAUUUGACUCUACUGCCUCGAAUCGAGAAACCACGGAUGUGUGGGGGGAUGAAGUCCCCGCAGAUGUUGGUCCUGCAGGGUUUGAGGCUGAAGCUUUCGAUCCGUUCUUAAGCAUGGGCGCACCACCACCUCCUGCUGCUACCCCACGACUCGACCACCAAGGUUCACGGGAUUCUACAGAUGAUACUUUCACUGUCUUCAUAAGGCCGAAGGAAACAGACAAUGGCACUGAGGAGGCUGCGGUUCCCGUGUUGGCUCCACCACCACGACCCCAAGUUCUUCCCGAAUCACCACGAACGAAUCCAUUCGACAAAGGCGAGUUUGAAGUGCAACGAUUUGAACCUCAACAAGCGGACGAACAACGUCGAGACUCCGGCAGUGAUGGCGAGGGACCACCGACUCCGCUCUUUGACGACGACGUGUCUAUGCCGCUCGAGGACUUCCCUCGUACAAAGUAUACUGGACCCGGGUGGGAAAUGCAACUACGGCAACCGAACAAGAAGAAGAUAACCGGACAAAGGUUCUGGAAAAAAAUCUUCGUGAAACUAGCGCUCCAAGGGGACAAUCCUGUAGUACAGUUGUUCAACUCGGCCGGAGACAAGGAACCGUUCCAAGAGCUACCCCUCCAAGCUUGCUACUCGGUCUCGGAGAUUGGCGCCCAACAAUACGACCAGUACGGGAAGAUCUUCACCGUGAAACUGCAGUACGUGUUCUACAAGGAACGGCCAGGGGUCAGGCCCGGACAAGUCACAAAGGCCGAGAGGAUCACCAACAAGCUGUCUCAGUUCGCGGCCUACGCUAUACAAGGCGAUUAUCAAGGAGUUAAGGAGUUUGGCAGCGAUCUACGUAAGCUUGGUCUGCCGGUGGAACACGCGCCACAGGUGUCACAACUCUUCAAAAUCGGGUCACUGUCGUACGAGGAUGUGAAGCAGUUCUCGUGCUGUAUCGAGGAGAAUCUGUUCAGGCUACACGCGCACAGAGAUCGAGCGCUUACAUACAAAAUGGAAGAGGUGCAAAUAACCGCUGUAGACGAACUGUACGUGGAGCAAGACGCCGAAGGUUCGGUCCUCAAGCAAAUCGCUCGGGUGAGACUGUUUUUCCUGGGAUUUCUGAGUGGAAUGCCUGAUGUUGAGCUGGGAGUGAACGAUCUGCGACGUCAGGGCAAGGAGGUUGUCGGCAGACACGACAUCAUACCGGUCGUCACCGAGGAGUGGAUCCGUGUGGAGGACACUGAGUUCCAUGCGUGCGUCCAGGCCGAGGAGUUUACCAAGUGCCAAAUCAUCAAGUUCAAGCCACCGGACGCUUGCUACAUCGAGCUGAUGAGGUUCAGAGUGCGCCCCCCCAAGAACCGCGAGCUGCCUCUACAGCUGAAAGCGGUUUGGUGCGUCACCGGUAACAAGGUGGAACUCCGCGCUGACGUGUUGGUGCCAGGAUUCGCGUCUCGGAAGCUGGGGCAGGUGCCUUGCGAAGACGUCGCCAUACGAUUCCCGAUACCGGAAUGCUGGAUUUAUCUGUUCCGCGUUGAGAAACAUUUUCGAUAUGGAUCCGUUAAAUCUGCUCACAGGCGCACUGGUAAAAUCAAAGGAAUAGAGCGUUUCCUUGGCGCCGUGGACACCCUCCAGGAGUCGCUGAUAGAAGUGACGUCAGGACAAGCCAAGUACGAACAUCAGCAUCGCGCCAUCGUGUGGAGGAUGCCGAGACUCCCCAAAGAAGGACAAGGUGCAUACACAACCCACAAUCUCGUUUGUCGCAUGGCUCUGACGUCAUACGACCAAAUACCCGCGGAGCUCGCCAAGUUCGCCUACGUGGAGUUCACCAUGCCGGCCACGCAGGUCAGCCACGUGACCGUGAGGUCCGUCUCGCUUCAGGAGCACGACGGAGACCCACCAGAAAAAUACGUUCGGUACCUGGCAAGGCAUGAGUACACAGUGGGCAUCGAACGUACUAGCGGUCAGGCCGCACCGGCGUACUCCUUGGCGACGACCGUUGAACGAACCGAACCGGAGCCUCCCGCGCCCGUAGCCCAGCCGCAACCGCCCUCUUCAGACUCCGACUCAGAUUGAAAUUUGACUUAAGGCACUGUGUAAUUAGCAAUGAAUCUCGGACCACGACCCCUUAGCGUAAAGUUGAAAAUCGCAUGUCUUAUUAACGGUGAUCUUAAGCAGAAUUUAACUAUAAGUAAAUGUUUAAAAAAAAACAUGACCGGAAAAUAAUAAUAAACCUCGAAUCGGUCAUAUGGUUCAUAAUCAGUUUGGUUUGUUGACAAAAAAAAAAUAUCACUUCAAGCGUUCGCACAUUUCACGGAGAUGUUUGUCGGUCAGCACGGGAUUUCCCGAUUCUGAUUUGAUUUUACGAUUGAACUUCGAUCUUUUGUCUCAAGGACAGCAAAAAAACCGACUCCGGUGACAAAAAAUAACCUUUAAUAUCUCUACAUUAAGUAGCACAGGAGCUAGCCACUGAUAACAGAAAUAGUAUCAAUACAAUGAGCGAACUCUUAGCCUACUCCACAAUAUCUAAUACGCAAUCUCACAAUAGCUCCAAUCUCUUUUUACAUAAUCAUAUAGACCUUAAUUACUGGCGGUAGGAUCUCUUAUGAGUCCGCACGGGUAGGUACCAUCGCUCUGCCUAUUUCUGCCGUGAAGCAGUAAUGCGUA